AUGAGCGAAAAUCCUUGCCAAUUGGCAAAACACGAUGUCAAACCGUUUUGUUUGCUGGUGCUGCUCUACUUUCUACAGGGUGUACCGGUGGGUUUGACUUUUGGCACCGUGCCGUUUUUACUCAAGUCAAUGACAAAAAAUACAACAUUUACGCAGCUCGGAGUGUUCACAAUGGCUACAUAUCCGUACUCGCUCAAAAUACUUUGGUCGCCAAUUGUCGACUCGAUCUACAGCCGAAAAACUGGGCGGCGACGGUCAUGGAUCAUCCCGGUCCAGCUUUUGAGCGGCACGAUUCUGUGGAUUCUGGGCGUUGCAGUCUCUAAAGAUCUGAUUUUCGCAGGCGUCGAUGAGUCGUAUCAGAGCGGCACUGUACCGCAGAACACAUCGCCAUCGAGCCUUAAUAUCCCAUCGCUGACAGUGUGUUUUCUGAGUCUCAUUGCCCUCUGUGCGACCCAGGACAUAGCAGUCGAUGGCUGGGCACUCGAGAUCUUGUCUAAAGAGUCCCUCUCCUAUGCAUCGACUGCGCAAACCGUCGGACUGAACACCGGGUACUUUCUCUCAUUCACGAUUUUCCUGACCUUCAACUCUGCUGACUUUAUGAACAAAUACAUAAGGACCGUCCCUUUGCAGCAUGGGAUUGUCAGCUUGAGCGGGUUUCUAAAGCUCGCGGGACUUCUGUAUUUGGUCGUCACACUUUAUAUCGCACUCUUCACUAAGGAAAAGCCCACAAAAAUCCCAGCACUGCCGACCAAAAAGAGCGACGAGAAGAUCGGGGACCUCAUUGAUUACAAUUACGACACAAACCCAGCUCACCAAAGCUUAGCAAAUGUAUAUCGGUCAUUCUUCAAGGUCCUGAAACUUCCAAGCGUGCAAUCUCUAAUGAUUAUCCAUUUUUUCAGCAAAUUCGCAUUUCAGUGUAAUGAGGGCGCCACGAAUCUGAAAUUGUUGGAACGAGGUUUUAAAAGAGAGGAUCUGGCCGUCACUGUUCUUAUCGACUUUCCAUUUGAAAUAAUUUUUGGCUACUACGUUGCCAAAUGGAGCGGUGACUCCUCUGAUCAAACGAGACCGGGACUAUCUUCUAAUCCAGUUUUUUCCAAUAGAAUAAUCAGGUUUCUUGUAGGAAAAACUGGAACUUUAACGCCCUGGCUAUGGGGAUUCCUGGGAAGGCUUACCGCCGCCUUUUUGGCCAACGUUCUGAUUGCCAAAUUCCCCGUCGAUGGUGAAAUUACUCGCGGCUACUUUUGCAUGGUAGUCUUCCAGCAUCUGCUCGGGUCAUUUAUGAGUACGGUACAAUUCGUGGGGAUCUGCUCCUUUCACACGCAGAUAGCAGACCCGGUCAUCGGCGGCACUUACAUGACUUUGCUGAAUACUUUGAGUAAUCUAGGUGGGACGUGGCCCCGACUUUUAGUGUUAUCCAUGAUUGACCGUUUUACAAAAUAUGGAUGCGUCCUCACAAAAAAGGUCGAAAAUGACAUUGUCACGGAAGCAAGUUGUAGCGCGGCCGGUGGCGACUGGGUUACGAUCAGGGACGGUUAUUUUGUCACCAAUCUAUUUUGCAUUACUGUGGGUUGUUGGUUGUACUUUGGGUUUAUCAAAAAGAAAGCUCAGCAGUUGCAGAAGCUACCUCCGUCCUCAUGGCAGUGUCACUAG